AUGGCGCCGUCUCGGUGGUCGCGGCGCUUCCCGCUGCUAGAGUGGGUGCCCGCGUAUGAUGUUAAGCGCGACCUCAAGUUCGACUUGAUCGCUGGCGUGACCGUGGCCAUGAUGAUCGUGCCGCAAGAGAUCUCGCUCGCCAACGUCAUGAACGUGCCGCCGCAGUAUGGCCUCUACACGGCGGCGAUGACGCCGGCGCUCUACACGAUCUUUGGGACGUCCCGCGUCCUCUCGGUCGCGAACGGCGCCGAAGUGAGUCUCAUGGUCGGCACGUACCUCCAGACGAUCCCGACCGCCGCUGAGCGCAUCGCGGUGGGCAUUUUCCUCUCGUUUCUGAUUGGCGCCAUCAACAUGGUGCUCGGGUGCCUCCAGCUCGGCGUGAUCGCCGACUUCUUCUCUCGACCUGUCAUGGGCGGCUUCCUCUCUGGCGGCGGCGUCCUCAUCAUGAUCUCGCAGCUGCCGACGUGGUUCCAGCUGACGUUGCCAACGUCGUCGUACCCGCUCGAGACGCUCUACCGCGUGUGCACGCAUCUCGGCGACGCCAACGCCAUCUCGUUUGGCAUUGGUCUUGUCUCGAUCAUCGUGCUCUCGCUCUUCAAGUACGCCAAGGCGCACUGGGUCGACGCGCCAAAGCUCAACGAGCUACUCGAGUCCCCGCGCGCGUUCCAACCGCUGCAUGAGACCUCGGCGCCGCUCGCGUCGCACCGGACGUGGGGCUUUUCGCUUACCGACUCGGACUUUGCUUCCAUGGAGCACGUCCCGUCUAUGCCCAGCGAUAGCCGCGAGGCGUUGCCGCUGCGCACUGCGUCGUCGUCCAAGGCGUACAAGGUUGUGAUUUUUGUACUCAAGACAUGCCUCGACCUCGGCCCGCUCUUCAUCUGUGUGUUUGGCAUCCUCGCGGGGUACCUCAUUGGCGAGACGCGCGUCAAGGUCACGGGCCAUGUACCCCAAGGUCUUCCGUCGCCAGUGCUGCCGUGGUACGGGUACAGCGAGCACAUCAUCACGUCGGUCAACUUUUCCGACGUGUUUUUGCAAGCCGCGACGAUCGCGGUCAUUGUCUACUCGACGAGUAUCGCGAUGGCCAAGCGGCUCGCGGUGCGCGGCAACUAUGACAUUGAUGCCAACCAAGAGCUCCUCGGCCUCGGCUUCGCCUCCGCCAUCGGGGCCUUCUUCCAAGUCAUGCCACCGACGGGGGGUAUGUCCCGGACGGCGGUCAACGUGCAGAGCGCACGCACGCAGCUCGCGUCCUUUGUGACCGUCGCGCUCGUGCUGUUUGUGCUGCUCUUCCUCACCAACGCGCUCCAUUUUCUACCCAAAGCGAGCCUCGCGGCCAUCAUCAUUGUCGCUGGCUACUGGCUUAUCGAGACGCACGAGGCGACGUGGCUGUAUACCGCCAAGCGCGACGAAUUCGUCGUCUGGAUCCUCUCGUUCGUGCUCACGAUCGGCCUUGGGAUCCUACCGGGCCUUUUCAGCUCCAUUGGGUGCUCGCUCCUCGCCGUCAUGAUCAAGACCAAGCGCCCGAACGUGUGUCUCCUCGGUGAGACCGAGGACGGCCAUAUCGUCGACUUGAGCCUUCACAACGAGCUGAGCGCGCGCGUGCCCGACGACGCCAUCUUGGUCCGCGUCGAGGGAUCGCUCUACUUUGGCAACGCCGAGUUUGUGUCGCAGUUUCUGCUUUCGCAAGUCGUACUGCACCCGGGCCGUCAUUUCGUCGUGCUGGACGCGAGCUACCUCUACGACGUCGACGCCACGUCGCUGCAAGUGCUCGCGACGGUGGCCGAGCGCUUAUGCGCCCAAGGCAUCCGGUUCUCGGUCGCAGGCGCCCGCGGUGUCGUCGCGUCGAGCUUGGAGUCGCUUGUAGACGUGAGCACGUUGCCGUUGAGCCUUGCGCUUCUGCACGUGCGUCGUUGAAUAAGUAGCUACACGAUCCG